ACCUGUCCUGAUGAGAAGAAAAUGGUGCGUGUGUCAAACUGUUCCCUCUCCAACGAUCCCUUCCCUUUGUCGUCUGAGAUAUUUCAAGUCAUCAAGGGCCAGAUCUGGAUCUUCUUGGUCCCGGUAUUCCUGGGCCUUGUGCAGGUCGGGCUCUUCCUGGAGCAGAUAGGCUUCUUCUUGCGCCAUGGCAAGAGCUCCCACCGUACCAGCCUCUCACUCUGGAUCUUGGGGGUUUAUCCGGUAUUCAGCCUCACUUCUCUCAUUGGUUUGUUCAUUCCUCGAGCCUUCUUUGUCUGCAGCUUUGUGGGAUCCAUCUACCACUCUAUCACCCUCUGGAAAUUCCUUGCCUUGAUCCGAGAUUUCUUUGGCGGCUCAGACCAAAUGCUCAAGCAACUGGCAGGGCAGCGUGUUUCUCCAAACCCUUUCCCCUGCUGCUGCUGUUGCUGCCUUCCUGAGAUUGCUGCCAACAGAACGAACUUGCGAUGCAUGACACUGGCUGUGUACCAGCUCUCUCUCAUCCGGACCAUCCUCUUCUUUGUCACCCUUAUCCUGUGGACAGAUGAGAAAUACGACUAUGGUGAUGUGGGCUACACCAACCCCAACUCCUACAUCAAUGUCAUCAUAGGUAUCUCUACCUUCCUCUCCUUCUAUGGCUAUUUGCUCUUCUACAAGGCCACCAGACCAGCACUCACCGGCUACAGCUUGCGCUCCAAAUUCAUCUGCAUCAUCUUGGUCCUAGUCCUCUGUGGUCUGCAGAGUGGGAUCCUGGAAACUAUGGGUGCAGUGGGUGCCAUCCCUUGCAGCCCACCUCUUUCACCAGUUACCCGCUCCCAAGUAAUUUACUACUACUCAUUAGCUGUUGAAAUGUUUUUCAUUGGCCUGUUCGCCCGUUACUCUUUCCGAAGAGUUGAAUCACAACCAGACACUCAGCAAGUCACUCGCCAUCGAGCUCCUCAAACUGAGAGGGCUCAGUCUGAGUUCAGCAGCCCAGUUGAUGAAACAUCUAUGGAGGGAACCAACCCUGGCUAUCUCCCUGAUGAGUCUCUGUGUACAAUUGAGCACUCCCCGCUGGACAGGUUUGAUUUUAUGGUUGGGGAGCCGAAGGCCAGACAGCAGGAAAGCUGGGGACUGAACAGUCAGAGAAAGGGAACGGUAUGGGUGGAGGGAGUUAAGACAAGAUUGCCAAUUGAAAGAACUGGGGUUGAACUGCCAUCAACUGGAAUCCAAGUUCAAGCCCAGGUUGUCAAAGUGGAUACCGAUGGGAUCACUGUGGUAUAAACACAGUCCCUAGAAAAUUGUCCACCUUCACGGCAAAGACAGAAGCACCUGGAUUCUGGGAAGUGAAAAGCAAUAAGGUGAAGGAGAUGGCAAUGUUGAACACCAUGCUUUGGGUGGAAUGCAGAGAGAAAAGAGGAAGAGGCUUUCCCUCAAAAACAGUAUGGGGAUUUUAGUCUAGUGUUGACUAUUGGAAUCAAGAAGGUAAUUAGUAAACACACUAACAGUAGAAGAAUAAAAAAAGCAGAAAAGUCAUACAGUGGGGAGAAUGGAGAAAUCGUUGAGAAACAAUGUGUGUUUACAAAUGAUGGUCAAUGAAUAAUUUCUAAUGCACCCUACAGUGUACAAAACACUGUACAUUUACCUUCUCUUGCUCACAUACCCAUUUUAUAAGAUGUUAAACCAUAAGGGACGUUAAACCAAAAGAAUGGUAUUUAUAUAGAUUAUGUCCAUUUUAAAGCUGUAUUUGGUUUAACCUUUUAAAGCUGUGUUGUCUCCUCGACAAGGGGAAAGGUGGGAUCUAAAUAAAUAUAACAACAACAACAAAUGUAAGGCCACCC